AUGUACGGAAAAAAUAAAGGUAUUAAUGCACCAUCAGAUAUUCAUGCAAAAGAAAAAUUAAAUUUAUAUGUUUAUGAAUAUUUGUAUCAUAUUGGUGCAGCAAAAGCUGCUCAGGGAUUUUGUGCGGAUAUGAAAUGGGAACCGAGUAAACUAUCACUCGGUGAACCACCAGGAUUUCUACUUAGUUGGUGGUGUGUAUUUUGGGAUUUAUAUAGUGCCGCACCAGAACGUCGAGAGCAACAUCCUCAUUCUGAAGAAGCUAAAGCAUUUCAUGACUAUGGUUUUAUUAAUUCGAAUUAUGCUCCUAAUGGUAUUCCUCCUCAACAAAAUGUAAAUCCAAAUGGCCCACCUCCAAUGCCAAUGAAUGUCAACGAAGGAAUGCAUAAUCCAGGUGUACCAUUUUUUCCACCAUCGGGACAACAAAUGAUGAAUCAAUAUCCACGUUAUCCAAAUGCACCUCGUUCACUUAUUCGUAUGCCUUCCCAACCAGAUUAUCCGGGUGGACCAAAUGGUGGACCUUUGAUGCCACCACAAAUGGAUCCUCAUCGAAAUGGUAUACGAAUGACAUCACCAGGUACUCGAUUACCACCUAAUGCAAUUGGUCAUGCAGGAGGACCAGGUGGACCUCCACCACCUCCAAAUGUAUAUCGACCACAAGGUAUGCCACAAGGUAUGCCACCAGCAAUGUCACCAUCAAUGAAUCAACCUGCACCACGAAUGUAUAUGACCAAUUCACCAGGAGUUGGAGGUUAUUCUUCCUCGUCACCAGUUCCUUAUGGUACUUCUUGUCCGACUGGCCAUGCACCAACAACACCAAUGAUGCCAAGUCCUCAAGAUUCAAAUGGUGGGGAAAUGCCACCCUAUGGUAUGAGAAAUAUGUCUGGUGGAAUGCCACCAGGACCUAAUCCAAUGUAUCAUGAUCCACAUCUGUCUCAUAUGUCAUCAAUACCACCUGACAUGCCUCAUCAUGGUUCAAUCAAUGGUGAUUAUGAUCAACAAAUGAAGCAAUCACCUAGUCAGCAACAACAGCAACAACAGCAACAACAACAACAGCAGCAACAGCAAGUACAACCUCCACCAUCUGAUGGAGCUCCCUUUAAUUAUGGUGAAGAUCAGGCAAAUGACACGAAUGCUAUAUUAAAAUUAAAAGAAUCAAUGCAAGAAGAAGUAAAAAAAUUUGAUAAAACACCUAAUAAUUCAAAUAAUGAUGAUUAUAAUCAUUAUACUGGUAUUGGUUAA